AUGGUGCCUGGGAUCGGAGGCUUGGAGGGCUAUUUCCCCUUGGCCUAUCUUGUGGCCGGUACAGAUGGCGUAGGAACUAAACUUAAGCUGGCAUUUGAAACUGGAAUACAUGAGACUAUUGGGAUUGAUCUGGUUGCAGCGAGUGUCAAUGAUAUUGUUACUUCAGGUGCAAGGCCUUUAUUUUUUCUUGAUUACUAUGCUACAAGCCACCUUGAUGUUGAUCUUGCUGAAAAGGUUAUAAAAGGCAUUGUUGAUGGUUGCCAACAAUCUGAUUGCACUAUUUUAGGUGGAGAGACUGCAGAGAUGCCAGAUUUCCACGCAAAUGGCGAGUAUGAUUUUAGUGGUUUUUCUGUUGGCAUCAUGAAGAAGGAUUCAGUUAUUGAUGGGAAAACCAUUACGGUUGGAGAUGUCCUCAUUGGCCUGCCAUCUAGUGGAGUUCAUUCUAAUGGUUUCUCUCUUGUUAGAAAGACCAACUUUGAUUCUAUUUCAUUAGGUGAAGCUUUGAUGACACCCACUGUUAUAUAUGUGCUUGACUUUAUCAGCAAGGGAGGUGUCAAAGGGAUAGCCCACAUUACAGGCACCUCGAGUGCUGGAAAAAUAGAAGAUGCUGAAAUGAGGCAGACGUUUAAUAUGGGAAUUGAGAUGGUUCUAGUUGUUAGCAAGGAAGCUGUUGUUACAAUUCUUGGGGAUGGUUACAGGCGAGUACUGUAUACUGCAUCGGUGAGGUUAUAAGUGGUGAUGGAGUGAGCUAUCAAUAAUUUGAAAUGAAAGUUUCGAAGUCUUGGCAUGAUUAUUUUCUUGUCCUUGAUGAGGUGAGAUAUACAAUGUGUUGCAGCCUUCUUCCUUACUAUUUGCAAGAAUAACUCAAAUAUAGUCUUGUAACUUCUUGUGAUACGAUGAAAUGUUAUUUUGGUUAUCUUCUUGUCAUCCAAACACCUG